AGACACUCCAUCCACUGCCUGCGCGUAGCAACGCAAAUUAGAUGGAGUGUACAAUUAAUGCUUUGAACUUCGUCCGUGUCUUUCGUGGUUGAAGAUGGUUGUUCAAGCCCUCGUACGGCAUAGUGGAAAGCUCCUGCAGCAGAAAUUUCUCAUACCACUCGGAGCAAGCAACCGUGUGAGCUUUGCCCAGCAAGCCACCCCUGAAAAUGUAUCGCAAAAAGAAGGUCUCCCAGAAAAGAGGCCAUAUUCCCCAUUCAAGCCCACAAAUGCAGUGGAGUUUGCCUUAGCCAGGGCUGAUGACCUUCUCAACUGGGGAAGGAAGGGUUCAGUGUGGCCACUGACGUUUGGUCUGGCGUGCUGUGCCGUCGAGAUGAUGCACAUUGCGGCUCCUCGCUACGACAUGGACCGUUACGGAGUGGUGUUUCGUGCCAGCCCCAGGCAGGCAGAUGUCAUCAUCGUUGCAGGCACAGUCACAAACAAAAUGGCACCUGCUUUGCGGAAGGUGUACGACCAGAUGUUGGAGCCCCGCUGGGUGAUCUCAAUGGGCAGCUGCGCUAAUGGCGGAGGCUACUACCACUACUCUUAUUCUGUGGUCCGGGGCUGCGACAGGAUCAUCCCCGUAGACAUCUACGUGCCUGGCUGCCCGCCCACAGCUGAAGCGCUCAUGUAUGGGAUACUGCAGCUACAGCGUAAGAUUAAGCGUAUGGAUGGUGUCCAGAUGUGGUACCGUAAAUAAUGCUGUAUGUUCUGUAGAUAGGUAAUAAAAGUCUCGCUGUGCUCUUUCA